AUGGAGUGUCCAACUUUUUCAAAGUAUUCACUGCUAGAUUUUCUCUUUUCUGUAAUCGGUGCUUUGACAUUUUUGUUCGACGUGGGCUCCGAUUUAUGGGUUGCCAAGGAAUUCUAUGUCCAUGGAGACUUUUUUUGGUUCGGAGUGUUCAUCGGUUUCAUGUUGACUUCAUCUGUCGUUGUUCAGAUGUUCAGUUGGUUCUGGCUCAAAUAUGAUCUUGAGUUGGAGAACUUUGAAUCUCAAACCUCAGUCAAGAACAUCAUGCUCUUUGGCUGUCAAAAAAGUUUCAAACUGACGUGUUUUCUUCAUGUAUUUCAGCUUGGCUUCUUUCUCAGAUACAUUUCUGCCAUAUGGCAGGGUUUUCGUGUGUGGUGGCAUGGGGAACUGGGCUCUGAGUUUGCAGUUUACCUGACCCAUGACCUCAGCCUGCUGCGUCUCAUUGAGACCUUCUGUGAGAGCACCCCUCAACUCACCCUCAUGACCUACAUCAUGCUGCGCACUAACCAGGCACGGACAGUCCAAUAUGUGAGUGUGAUUGCCUCAGCUACCUCUGUUGCUUGGAUGGUCGUGGACUACCACCGCUCUCUGCGGUCCUUUCUGCCAGAGAAAGCCAAACAGAGCUGGUAUUCUUCUGUGGUGUACUUCGUAUGGAACCUGUUACUGAUCGCUCCGCGCGUGGCGACCGUCGCCCUGUUUGCAUCCGUCCUGACCCACUGGGUCGGCCUUCACGUCCUGCUACUGUGGCCCGCGUUAGUUUUGUGGGCCUGGCUUCAAAAGACUGACUUGAUGGACAGCGCUGCUGGGGAGUGGCUUUACCGGGCCACCGUGGGAGUUAUCUGGUACUACAGCUGGUUCAAUGUGGCCGAGGGUCGAACCAGGGGCAGGUCCAUCAUCUAUCACCUCUUCUUGGCGACUGAUAGCGGGAUCCUGCUGGUCACGUGGUGGAUUUACAGGGAUUCGGAGCUGACGCAGUCCUACGCCUUUACUGUGAUCAUCCUAAUACCUCUUUCGUAUGCGCUCGGCCUCCUAAUCAAAGUUUUCUACUACAGUUGUUUUCAUCCCAAGUUGUGGCAGCCUGCUGCAGCGCGCAGGGAGGGAGAGGAUAUCCCCGAUGGGCAGAGGGCCGUAAGGGUUACUUUCAUUCAGACUGGCGAUUCUCCUCAAGGCCUGAACAAGAGGAUGGCCAGACAAGCCAUAAACUUUUACACCCAAGGGGUGCGUCGUGUUGCUAAUGAAAGCUGA